CUGCCGCUCUUUUGUUUCCGGUUUCUGAAGUUUGCUAAGAGAGUUUAAUUGUAUGCUUUCUUUUGAUUAUUUCAGUUGACUUGUACUUAUAUUUAUGAAUUAACUUACGAUUUUAUUUUAUUAAACGAAUUCAUAACGCGUUUAAUAUAAAAAGAGUGUAAAGUAAUAGUAUAAUAUUCUGAUUACUUGAAAGCCGACAAAAUGACGAUCGGCAAAAAUAAUAAAAUGCUUCAGCAUAUUAACUAUAGAGUUAGAAUCAUUCUUCAAGAUUCAAGAACCUUUAUAGGGACAUUUAAGGCAUUUGAUAAGCAUAUGAAUCUUAUACUUGGAGAUUGUGAAGAAUUUCGCAAAAUUAAACCAAAAAAUACAAAACAACCCGAAACGGAACAAAAGCGUGUUUUAGGCUUUGUACUUUUAAGAGGAGAAAAUAUUGUUUCUCUAACUGUAGAAGGUCCUCCACCUCCGGAGGAAGGAUUGCCUAGAGUACCUAUUCCAGGUGCUGCACCAGGUCCUGGUAUUGGACGACCAGCUGGUCGUGGCAUGCCUGCCAGUAUUGCAGGAGUACCAGCAGGCUUACAAGGACCUGUUAGAGGCAUUGGUGGUCCAUCACAACAAAUAAUGACACCUGGUGGUAGAGGUCAAGUAUCAGCACCACCACAAAUGCAUCCAGGUGGUCCUCCACGUAUGCCUGUAAGUGGACCGCCACCUGGUAUGAUGGGGCCACCACCAGGAAUGAUGGGAAUGCCACCUGGAAUGCCACCCAUGGGGAGAGGCGGCCCACCAAUGGGACCACCAGGAAUGCGUGGCCCACCACCCGGUAUGAUGCGUGGAGGUCCGCCUCCACGUCCAUAUUAAUAAUGAUACUUUGUACAUUAUUAACUGUAUUUUUUGUCAUCACUAGUAUUAAUAAAAUCAUUUUUUGUAAUGUAUGUAUGUAUAUGUACGUGUAUGCUAUGUUUACUGUGGUAUUCGUAAUUUUGUACAAAUGAUAUAGUUUAUUUAAUAAUUUUCUUAAUUAUUCGUAAUAUUACAGAAUUAGUUAGUAA